CUGAAGUGGAAUUGCAGAAGCCUGGGCUUACUCCGAAAAACGUUUGUAGACAGCAAGUUUACAAAAUGGGAACUUUCACAAAAAUCCUGGUUGCAAGUAUAUGUGUUGCUUUCCUAGCUGCCAAAUGGACUGCACCUAGAUUUGAUGCAGAUAUUUGAAGACAUUUCACCCAAAAUCCAAGAGGCUGUCUACAACCAAGUCUUGAUCUUGGGAUUAGACAUCAUGUGGAAUUUUGGUCAGGAAAAAAAUGAAGAAUCUCUCCGUGGUGCCAGAGUUUUGGUGACUGGGGCCAGUACAGGCAUUGGUGAACACAUGGCAUAUCAUUAUGCCCGCUUCGGAGCACAGAUAGUUAUUACAGCAAGGAGGGAGAAAAUGUUACAGCAGGUGGUAGAGAAGUGCUUGAGUUUGGGAGCCCAGAAAGCGCUUUAUGUAGCAGCAGACAUGGCCAGUGAGUCAGACCCUGACAACGUGGUAGAGUUUGCUCUGGAAAAGCUUGGAGGGCUGGAUUACCUGGUUCUCAACCACAUUGGCCCAAGCCCCUUCACCAUGUGGAAGGGAGAUAUAGAACACGUCAGGUGGUUGAUGAAGGUCAAUUUCUUCAGUUAUGUUCAGAUGGCUUGGAAAGCUCUGGACGCCCUUGAGCAAAGUAAAGGAUCACUGGUGAUUGUUUCAUCACUUUUAGGUAAAAUGCCCAGUCCCUUCGUGGCACCAUAUACCUCAACAAAAUUUGCCUUGAAUGGUUUCUUUGGGGCCCUUUACCAUGAGCUGUCUAUGAAGAAGAGCAAUGUGUCCAUUUCUGUAUGUACACUUGGGCUCAUUGACACUGACUCAGCUAUGGAGAAAGUCAGGGGAAUCACUAGCGUGCCAGCAUACCCUGCCACAGAUGCAGCCUUGAACAUCAUCAUUACAGGAGCUACGAGACAGCAAGAGCUCUUCUACCCUUGGUUCACCCACAUCGUGACUCUAAGCAAAGACUGGUUCCCUUCUUUCACAAACUAUUUCAUCCAGAACUCCUACAGUUACAUUCCAUGAAAAACAUUUAUCUGUAGUACUGUUAUACAUGUUCCAGAGUCAAUACUUGGACAUAUAAGAAGGAUAGAGCUUUGACAGCUUGACAUACACAUACUAUAGGGAUGUACACUGGGCAUGAAGACACUGGGGACAGCUCUAUAAUUGGUAUAGUCCAGUUCCCUGAUUUAAUUUAAUAAAACAUUAAAUCAUGCACACUUAAAACAAAGAAGUAUAUAUUCAAUAUCUAAUACCUGUUGAGAGGUAUUAAUCUGAAUAGAGUAGUACUUUGAACAUCCACAUGAGGGCAGUAGUACUAAAGUAGUGAAGUGAAAUCCCUUACAAUACAGUAACCAACUCCUUUCCCCCAUUGUGAAAAAAUUCUAAAUGGCAGACCAUCAUGUAUUUGAGGGUCAUGUAGCAGACAGGGUUGAUUUAAAAAAAAAAAAAAAAUUCUCAAAUGCUCAAGUCUUCAUUUAAAAACUAAAUAAAUAAGUGGCCCCCCUGUGGUUAAAGAUUUGUCUAAUUUUUAUUAAUUUAUUUCAUGGAUUUUAACCCCCCAUCACCAUUUCAAUUCUCACCCUCCCCAUUCAUUUUCCUGUCUUCACUGUUCUCCACCCCUGGAUUCCUCCCCAUCUCCAUUCUUCUCUAUUUCAUUUAGUUUCAUCUUUCCAAAGCUGGCCACAGUAGGCGUUGCAGACUUCCUACAGAGCAGGACUUUCUCAGUGGGUUCCUUUGUGCCUUUGUUCAUCAUCCCCAAAGGCACCACAGGCUUCCUGUGAAGCUGUUGGCUCAAUCCAUCCUGGUGGUCUUUUCUUUAUUGUAAUACACCCUAUAGGUUGUACCCUGCUGAUAGAGUAGUUUUCUACUGUAUACCUGGAGUGAGGUGCCAUUGUCAAAAAGAAAAAGAGAAAGAGACAAAAAAGCCUCACUCAAUCUUACAGUAUGAUUUGAAAACUUUAGAAACAAAAAGAAGAGCAAUUUCUUCUGGAAUCAUGAAUUAUUCUCCAAGACCAAGAAUAAAUGGCCUUGAAUCUGUAAUAAAAGUUUGCAAACUA